ACUAAGUUCCAGAUAAAAAAAAUUUAGUUUAUUAAGUGGAAAAUUUGGUGAAAUGAGAGGAAAUGCAUUUAAUGGAUUUUUAGUUGGAGCAGCAGUAGGAUCAAUGAUGGGUGCACUAAUUGGAGCAAUGGCAGCUGUAUAAACAAGAAGACUUAUUUAUUUACCUGUUUCUAUUAUUACUUCGGGAGGUUUCUUCGGUUUUAUGAUGAUGUGCGGCUCUAUUGUAAGAGCAGAUAGUAUGGAAGAAUAUUUUAUUUAAUAAAGCUUUUAAUAAAAAAUGUACUGGCGUAUAAAACAUUAAGAAUGAAAAAUGAUAAAUUAAAAUUAUUAGUUAUAGUUGCAUUAUUUU